GCGGCAGAGCAGAAACACACGAGGACUAGGUGAAGGAUCGUAGAUGAAAAUAAAGAUGUUUUAAAGCAGAUUUGACACACCCUUAUGUGGCUUCUGAGGCAUUUUACACCAUUGAUGAUGUAUCCUCACUAAAAAAGUCAUUAAGAGAUGGAGACAGCAGCUCUGGUAGCUCCUGUCACAGCUCUUGAGUUCCUUCAGGAUGCAUUUCUGCUGUCAGGUGAGGGUCCAGUCUUGACAGUGUACAGUCUCCAGCCUCAUCCAAAAGCCUGUGCCUCACUGAGCGUGCUCCAACACUACAGAAUCCACGGGAUAAGACCAAGACACUCAUCAGCUUUCCAACCGCACAGCUCUGUCACAGGAUCUUACGGGAAGAAGAAAGAUGGUCUGAGCACCACUGUAGAGCCCAGCUUCUGUGACCUAGCAGUGUUUGGAGGCAAGGCUGUAAGGCUGGUGAGGCUCCAUGAUGGAGAGCAUCUGCGCUUGGAGAUCCUGGGUCCUCUCAUGGAGCUAAAGGACUGGGCCCUGGAUGUCCGUUGGCUCUCUGGGGACAAACACUCACUUCUCUGUGUGGCUGUAGCCCACAACAGUGUUCUUCUCCUGGAUGUCAGUACAGGAAAUGCCCUGGUUCAGCGCUCCUGUUUGGAGGGGUGUCUACUAUACUCUGCCCUGCUUCUAGUACAUGAAUCUUGGGAGGACACCGUCUUUGUUGGAGGGACUGUUUUCAACCAGCUGAUUGUCUGGAAGCCUGGAGGAGGAGGAGAAAGUAGUGAUUCUGACCACAAAGCUCCAGUUGAAAGGCGUCUACUGGGCCACAGCGGGGUUAUCUUCAACAUCUCCUACCUACAGGAGAAAGGAUGGCUUGCUUCAGCCUCUGAUGAUCGCAGCGUAAGGGUGUGGGGUGUUGGUGCUUUAGGGGGUCCUGAGGGGGAUUGUGGGGACUUGAACCCGGCUUGUUUACAGGUCCUAUAUGGACACCAGGCUAGGGUAUUCUCUGUGCGUCUCUCCCCAGGGAAAGUAUUCAGCGCUGGGGAAGAUGGGGCCUGUUUAGUUUGGGACUGUGCCAAAGGUGGGAACGUGGUUCGCAGACUGAAGGGACACCGAGCAGGGGGGGUUCGUGCACUGGCGAUCAGUGAGGGAACAGGAGACGAAGCAACCCGAGAGAGAUGGGUGGCUACAGGGGGAGCGGAUGGUGGGGUGAGGUUGUGGAGGGUGGAUGAGAGUGAGGAAAGAAAGGAGACCAUGGAGGACACAGAGACAAAGAAGCUAACUGAUCUUAAAUUUACCGGCCAAGGUAUGCCUAAAGUGGUUUGUAUAGCAGGAGGAGAAGAUAAAAACACAGGCUGGAGCCAGUGCAAGAUUGUGGUUUGCACCGAUCAUGGAAUAGUUUACCAAUACAGUGAUGGGCAGUGGGAGAUGGUGUGGCAAGGGUCUCCUGAGUUUCAGUCCUAUUGUGUGAUGGAAACAGUAGCAAUCAGUGUGAAAGACUCAACUGUUAAAGCGAAUUUGUGUGCUGUGGGAAACCUCAGUGGGUCCAUCCAGGUCUUCCCCAUCUCUCAUCCUCAAUCUGGAAUCCUUCUCACAGCUGGAUCAGGAAAGAUUCACAGUCUUAUCUGGCAAGAGGGAGGAAAAAGCAUGUAUUUGCUAGCAUCAGGCGCUGAAGGACUUGUUUAUCGCUGGCGUAUAGAGGUGAUAUUAAGUGAAAGCUGUUCGUUGUCACUUAGCGUAAAUCCCCUUCCUUCAUUCCUCCUUCCCCCCUGCGCCAAACGCUGGUUGACAACUUCAGUGUACCUCCACUCCACGUCAGAGGGCUCGCUGUGGGUGUGCGGGGACAGGAGAGGCUCCCUGCUUUUGUUUCAGGAAGGAGGAAAAAGUGAAAAAGAGAAGGGGGACCAGGGAGAAACUGAUGAAGGUUUUCUGAAACAAACUGAGGAAAAUGGCAGCAGUGGAGACAGAAAAAGUGAAGUUACUGACCUAACUUUGGAGCCACUGAGCUGCUUGUUCGGGGUGCACGGAAAACAGGGUGUAACCUCAGUGUAUGAAUACCAGGGACUGCUCUACAGCACUGGGAGGGACGGCUGUGUGAGGGUCUUUAGAGUGCAUCCAACAUCACCAGAAAAAGGUGAAGAAAGUAGAAAAAAUUGCAACGGAGGGAGCACAGAGAACAGGGGAGGGCUUCAGCUGGAGGUUCUAAGAGUCCAGCGGGCCUGCAAGGGGAUGGAGUGGCUGGAGAGGGUUUUGAUUCUGAAACCUGAAAUCCCUGAGGAAGAGGAGGAGGAGGAGGAGGAGGUCACAGAUGAAUGUGAGAAUCAAUAUAAGGCAAAGCAACACAAUUCAACAGAAAAGCUGGAAGUUACUUUAGAAGAGAGUUUUAGAGGUGAAGUACAGAUGGGGAACAAGGGAAGAGAAGCCAGGUUUGCCAUCCUCGGCUUCCACGCUGUCCAUUUUGUGGUAUGGGACCCAGUGAAGCAGGAGAGACUGUUGGCGGUGCCUUGUGGUGGGGGCCAUCGCUCUUGGAGUCUCUGGCCGAUCCACAAAGGGAUUUGGCAGGGAUAUGGAGCCCUGGUCUUCAUCAGGCAGGGGGCUGUACUGGCUUCCCAACCCCCUGGAGAGGCACUGAACUUGGCUGGGAGUGCAGGAAGGACUGGAGGAUUGUGUCUGAGAGAGGGUGUCCAUGGGAGGGGGAUUGGGUGUGUAUGCAGGCUGGGGAGGAUAAGGGGGACCAGGAAUGACAUUGAAACAGGGAUGACAGAAAAUCUGAGUGAAGCUGAGGGAAGGGAUAGAUUUAAAGAUGAAGUAAGGGGGAUGGAGAGAGACGUGGACCAAUGGGAGAUAGUGGUAACAGGUGGAGAGGACACUAGCUUAACUCUCCUGGCGGUACAUCCUAACUCCGGCAGUGUCAAAGUUCUCUCAGUUAUUACCGACCACAUCUCAAGCAUCCGGACGGUGACAGCGGUAACGCGUGAAGCCCAAUUGCAUUCUCUCUCCGCCCUGCUCGUGUCAGCCGGUGGCCGUGCUCAAAUGCAGUGUUACCGUCUGGUGAUCAGCUGCGACAGCCACAGACUGGCUCCUUCCUGUCAGGUGAUCCAGGUGGCCAGUCACCGAUUGGAUGAACAGUGGGAGCGGAGGCGGAAUCGACACAAGACAGUGAAAAUGGACCCUGAAACAAGGUACAUGUCUGUAGCAGUGGUGGAUGACAGAACUGACUGUGUUCUUCUGGCUCUGGCCUGCAGCGACGGAGCUGUCAGAUUGUUCUCAGUCAGUGAAGUUAAACAUCAAAUUGAUUUGUUGUGGGAGACCUUUUACCACCAGCGCUGUGUGCUCAGUGUCGCCACCUGCAGCCUGGAAGAUGGAAAAGGCAACAGGUAUAAGCUGCUUUUCAGUGCUGCAACAGACGGGAAAAUUGCAGUGUGGGAUCUGACUGCAGCUUCUUCCUCAUCGACCGAUACUCCACCAAUCCCCUGCCUCGAGAUUCCCGCCCACCAGAGCGGCGUUAACUCACUGGCUGUUUGGGCAGAGAAACUGGGACAACAAGGGGGCGGUUGCCUGGUAACUGUUGCUAGCGGAGGGGAUGAUGGGCAGCUGACAGUGUCCACAAUUAGGGUGCAGUACCCAGAAGAUGGUAACACUGGGGGCAGCAGUGGGCUUUUGCAGAUUUCUCAACAGAAACAACCCCAAAGCAAUCUUCGUCCUCAUCUCAACUCCCAGUUUCACAUCCCGUUGGCCCACGCUUCCCCUCUGACAGCCCUGAAGCUCCUGAGCCCGGGACUCAUGGUCUCCACUUCAUCAGAUCAGAGGGUUUGCCUGUGGAGUGUCUGCAGUAGCGGGAUCAGCCACAGAGGGGCGCUGUACUCCCAUGUUGCAGAUGCUGCAGGACUGGCAGUGUGGGAGGGGCAGGCGACGCAGGGCGAUGAAAAGAGGAAGUCAUGGUUUGAGUCUGAGCAGGAUAUUGCAAUUUGGGGAGGGAGAGGGUGUCAGAUGGGAUUAGAGGCGAUGGGUAAGACAGUCGAGGGCAAGACAGGUGGGAGGUUCAGUGAAGAUAAACAAACAGCUGAUGAGGGGAGAGAACCUGAUGAAGCAGUGAGUAAGACAGAUGACCUCAUUUGUAAGAUAUGUGAUGAGAAGGAAGAAGAGACAGCGUCUGAGUGUAGAAAUCCAACAGAGACUGACAGCAGGGGGACAGGAGGGAGGAUUUUUAAGAUUUCCUGUGAGAGAAGGAAGAUGAUAGAAAAGACAAGAUGGGUGCUGGUAUGCGGUCAAGGCUUCCAGCUGUUACAAGUCAGAAAUACAGAGAGAUGAGGACAGAAAGAAAAAAAUGAAUCACAGAGUUAAAGUGACUCAACAUAAGUGGAAUCAAAAUAUCCAAACCAUAACUUUCUC